GUUUCUCGAUUCUAAUAAUUUAAUUACUGUUUUUAAUAUUUAUGUAAUGCCACACACACAAUUCAGAAAACUCCCACUAAUAACUGAUUCGUUCCCCAAUAUAACCCUCUCUUACCCCCUCCUUCACCUUUCACUUGCCAAUUGUAAAGUUUAAAGCACAUUUUUCUCCCACUUCAACACCCUCCCUCUCCCUCUCCCUCUCCCUCUCUCCCUCUGUGGUUUCAGCCAUGGGAGAUGUUGAAGAAGCAUGCAACACGGGGUUGUUUCUGGGCUUAGGUGUUGGCGGGUGCACGGCCAAGCGGAAGGAAGAGAAGAGGAAGAAUAAGAAGAAUAACACUUAUUCGGCGGUGGGCUUGGGGCUUUCCUUCUCCAUCGACUGUUCAUCAUCAAAGAUGGAAGCUGAUGAUCAUCCCUCAAACAGCAUUAACAACGCUGAAUAUUCGACCAGGUCAAGCUUCCACGACAGCUUUGACCACUCUCAGGAUGACCACAACAGUCCACCUCGUAGCAGCAACAACAGCGCCGGAGAUUUUAACGGUGGCCGGAAGAAGCUCAGAUUAACCAGAGAACAGUCUGCCUUGCUCGAAGAAAGCUUCAAACUUCACACCACUCUCACACCGGCACAGAAGCAAUCAUUGGCUGACCAACUCAUGUUGAAGCCUCGGCAAGUGGAAGUUUGGUUUCAGAAUAGGAGAGCAAGGAGCAAACUGAAGCAGACAGAAGUGGACUGCGAGUUCUUGAAAAAGUGCUGCGAGACCUUGAGCGACGAGAACCGGAGGCUGAAGAAAGAAUUGCAGGAGUUGAGAUCGUCGCCGUCUCCGCCGUAUGUCCAAGCACCGAAGACACUUAUGUUAUGCCCUUCUUGCGAGGAACUCGCAAGAGGCAACCGGAAGCUAUGAGGAAGGAGAAUUGCGAUAUUUGAGGUUCCGGGGAAGAAGGGAAGACAAAGUAGCAGAAAAAGCAGAGCGGAUCCGUUCAGGCGGGGUGGAGCGAACUAAUCAAAUGACACUCUAGUUUAUCUUAUGAUCAUGUAGGAGCCCAUUUACCCAAAACCCCUUGUAGCUAACCUGAGCACAGAGAGAGAGAGAGACAGAGAGAGGGUCUACUUUGAAUAGGAAUAAGCAUGGAAUAUGCAGAGAUUUUUGCAUGUCUGUUUUCCAUUGAUGAGAACUUCAUGGCGCAACAAGGUUUUCUUUUUCUUUCUUUUUUGGGUUUUCAAUGUUUCCUCUUUGCCCAUACUUGGGGUCUCGAUAGGCACAAUAAGUGAAUAAAUCUCUCUGUAAAGACUCGUCGCAUUCA